AAACAACUUUUGCAACUUCGAAAGUGUUUACACGAAUAAAUAAUGUUAUGCAAAGAUAAUUAACGUUCAUAUUACGCCUACUUGAAUGUCCAUUGUGAGUUGCCGAAACACUUUCGUGUGUUAUUAUGGAGAAUAAAAUAACGCUGGGUAAAAUAUUCGUGUUUUUGAGAAUAUAUUUGACAUUCGCAUGCUGUUGGCCACUGCCAUCAAACGCGACGAAACGUCAAAGACUCCUUCGCACUGCUUUUCGAUAUUUUUGUUGCGCAAAUGCAAUGACACUUAUCGUUGCGAUGGCAUGGACUCUCUAUAAACACAGCGACGACGUGCUACUUGUGAUGAAAUUAGGAUGCCAAUUGAGCGCCGUCUCCCAAGCUCCGUUACAACUGAUACUUUUUGCGUUGCAGGAUAAACGUUUGCAGUAUAUUGUUUCGGAAAUGGAGAAUUAUUACAAGCAAGCGCAAAAAUAUGAAAAAGAAAUUUUUCAACAAUAUGUUGAUAAAUGCAUACUAUUUUAUGGUAUUAUUCUUUGCUGGCUGGCACUGACAGGUAUUAGCGUGAUAGCCGCACCAUUAUUUACGUUGCAACCGUUUCCCAGUGAAGCAGAAUACCCAUUCGAUGUACAAUAUCAACCAUUGAAAACUCUCAUCUACGCACAUCAUAUAUUGACUGCUUAUCAAAGUGUGAUACAAGUUAGCGCUAAUACUUUUCCUGCUCUUCUACUUUGGUUUGUGGCAGCCAGGUUCCAUAUUUUGUCCAUUCGAUUUCGUACAAUUACGAAUAUGAAAGAGCUCAAAAAGUAUACACAAGAACAUUAUAUAUUACUCAAAUAUGCAAAAGAAGUGACGUUUGCCGUACGUUAUAUAGCACUAUUAUGCGUAACUUUCAGUACUGGUGCUGUAAUAUUCGGUUAUCUUACCUUUAUGAGCCGUCAACCAUGGUCAGUAAAAUGGACGUUCCUUAUGAUAUCUUUUUGCGGCUUUGUAGAACUUUAUAUGUAUGCCUGGCCAGCUGAUAAUGUAAUGAGCACGAGUAGUGACAUUGCGAUUGCCGCCUAUAAUUCACUAUGGUACAACAAUGAUUUGACCACGCGAAAGAUUUUAGUACAUGUUAUACGAAGAAGUCAACAUCCCGUCACUAUUUCAAUUCCAUGUGCAUUACCAAAUUUAUCUAUGAAUUAUUACGCGUCGUAUAUCUCAACUGUUUUUUCAUACAUGGCAUUUGUGCGUCUUAUAAUGGGUCAAGAGUAG